CAGAAAAACAGAGAACCGACCAAGCAUUGGAAUGAGAGAGCAUCGAUCCAAGGUUUCUGCACCGUGUAAUCCUUUGGUUGGAUGCUGUCAAAAGAAUGUCCGUAUACGUGGAGUAAAUGUGCAGCUACUCUGCCACAUAACCCCUCCCCAUUCCAGGACAUUUGUCCACCUUCCUUUGCUACGCUACUCCACGGUCUCCACCCCUUUUAUACAUACAACGCCAACACAGAAGACACACGAAAAUCAAUCUCAAUUUAGAUAGAGAGAGAGAGAGAGAGCACGCUAGAUAUGGAAGAAGGUGUGACUUCGACUGACGUUUUAGCUUUUCAAGAACAGAGACACCAUGAAACAGAGAAACGCAAGAGAGAUGAAGAAAUAGGAGGAAAGGAAGAUAUCAGAGACAGCAAAGAGAGAGUUUUCUCUAAAGAUAAAGGAGGGAAAGAGGAAGAAAAGGGGAUUAUUACUAAUUUCAUCUCUAACUUGUUGGUCCCCAGAAAUAGAGAAGCUGAAAAUAAUGAAGCUAACGAUGACAGAAUGGAUCGUGAGGGUAGUGGCAAGGGAGGGUGUAAAUUGGAGGGGGAUUUGGGUGGUGGAAAGGGUGGUGGUGGGAUUGUUGACAACCUCAUCUCCAACCUUUUUCAACCAAGUGAAGCAAGAGAAAGGGAAGAAGACGAAGGAAAUGAAAACGAGGAGAGAGUAAGUGAUGUGAAAAUAGAAGACGAGGGAGGAGGUGGUGGUGGCGGCGGCGGCGGAGGACGAGGAGGGGGCAUCAUCGAGACCCUUGUUUCCCACUUGCCCAAAACACUUCCAGAUGAUAUGGCUCCACCACCCGAGGAGGCCUCAAUCCUGAUUCACUCCAUUGUCCAUGACUAAAUAAAUACUCCGUAGACAAUACAAUAAUGAUGUUUGUACGUACGUAAUUGACCAUUUUUAAGGGUUUUUCUUCUUCUUCUUCUUCCAUUCAAACUUAUUUUUAGGUCCGGCCGAGGACUUUCGAUCAAGCACAGGUCUUUCUUAUUUGUUUGCAUCUCUAUUUGAUUGUGUUUCAGAAUCAUUGACAAUUUGGUAAGUUUUCUGAUAAUUCUACAAAACUACUCUCCAGUCUCCAGUCCAGACUAUAAAUC